AUGCGUCUGCUAGAGAAGGGCUUGGAGUGCUCUGCUGCAACACGCCAUCACGAGUGGCUUAACAUCCUAGCUGCUAUUGGUCUCUUGUGCUUCAUCCGAGGGUUUCAACUGCACGUUGACCUUACCAACCGCCAGUUGCAGAACGGCAAUUACAGCCCAGGUUUCCUUUCUCUUUACAAAAAAUGGCGACAGAUAACCCAAAGACUGCUUGCAGCGCCCAUCGCUGUAAUUGUCCUUCACUCGCGUGUCCCGAGUGAUGAGUUAUGGAAGCACGCCAGGCUGCUACUUAUCCAGGUCGCUGCGUCAACCGGCCUCUUCCUAGCUGGCAAUCUUUUGUGUCUACUUGCUGCGUUCCCCGACGUACAGGGCACUAUACGUGCAUUAGAGGUAUCGGGGCUUACUGGAAAGACAGAAGUGUGA